GUCAGUUGCAUCGGCAGCCGUUCGUGGCUCUGUUGGCUGUUGCCCGGGCGCGCGUCUGUCCUGCAGCUCGCUCCAGCCAGGCACGCUCUGAAGAGACAGGCGGGUGGGCACGGAGCGCAGCCGCGGCGGAGCAGGUGUGCAGCGCCCAAACCUGGCGGGCAGCUGGCGUGCGCCGCGCAUGUCGGGCCUCCUGCGCUGCCGGCUGUGAGGCUCAGGCUGGGGAGCAUGACGAACGUGCCCCUGGGCCGUGGAGGCUGGCAUUACGAGAUGGGCUACAGGAUCUGUGUUUCUGGCAUGGGCGGCAACGUGUCGAAGACCCAGAUGCAGAGUGCUUUUGGGGAGUUCGGCCACAUCAUCAGGA